CCGCCCGCGCAUGCGCCGUGAGGAGAGCGCCAGAGGCCGUGCGCUGCGCUCGCUUGGCCCGCUCGCCGUCGUCGCGGCCGCCGCGGAGUAUCCGAUAUUAAUAAAGCAGCGGGAAGAAGAAAUAUGAAUAAGGCUCCCUCAAGGUCCAGCCCAGCACGAAGAGAGGCCUUGCCCUACGGAGAGAGAGAUGGACGACGCGACCGCUCUCCAAACCGCCACAGCCUUCCAAGAGACGCUCAAGAGAGCCGGAAUGGCAGAGAUUCCCAGGAUGCGCGGGUGAGAGAUGUGCGCAGCAGCGGCAGAGAGCCGAGAGACUUCCGGGACCCCAGAGCCCUAAGGGACCCUCGGGACACCCGAGAGCCGCUCUACGAACCCUACAGGGAGCCUCCCUACAGGCGAGAGGAGGGCUAUGACCGCUAUGCGCGCCCGGACGACUAUUACCGGAGGAAGGAUGACCAGUACUACGACCGCUACCGAGACCAGUUGGACAGACCCACCGUGAGCACUGAAGAGCGCAUGAAGCGGGAGGAGCGGCGCCGGGAAGAGCUGUAUCGCCAGUUCUUUGAGGACAUCAAGCGGCGCAUUGAUUCGGAGCGGCCAGUGGACUGCUCAGUGAUCGUGGUCAACAAGCAGACCAAGGAGUACGCGGAGUCCGUGGGGCGCAAGGUGCGCGAUCUUGGCAUGAUGGUGGACCUGAUCUUCCUCAACUCGGAGAUGUCUUUGCAGCAAGCCCUGGACGACGUGAGCAGAGGGGGCUCUGCCUUUGCCAUUGUCAUCACCCAGCAGCACCAGAUUCACCACUCCUGCACCGUCAACAUCAUGUUUGGCACCCCACAAGAGCACAGGAACAUGCCGCAGGCGGAUGCCAUGGUUCUGGUGGCGAGGAACUACGAGCGCUACAAGACGGAGAUCCGGGAGAAGGAGCGCGAGGUGAUCGCCAGGCAGGCCGCCAAGAUGGCCGACGAAACCAUUCUGCAGGAGCGGGAGCGCCCCCAGCAGGGGGAGGAGGGAAUCCGUGGGGGCCACCCUCCGGGCAUCCAGACACUCCUGAACUUGCUGUGUGACAACCGCUACCUGACCUCUGAGGAGACAGACAAGAUCAUCAACUACCUGAGGGAGCGCAAGGAGCGGCAGCUGAGAGCCACCACGGACUCCCAUCCAGCUUCGCACACCCGGCAGCCCCUCGGAGCCUCUUCCGGGUCUUCUCUGGGCACCUCGGCCAGCCUGAGCAGCACCCAGAGCGCGCAGGCCCCCCCCUCGGCCCCCGUGGCCUCCACCCCCCAGCAGGAGCUGCAGGCCAAGAUCCUCAGUCUUUUCAACAGCGGGGUGGCCAUGGCCACGGCCAACAGCAGCUCGGCCACGGGAACCUCCCAGAACACCGGCUUCUCCGCGGGGCCCAGCACACAGAUCCGGCCCAGCACCACCGGCAGCGGAUUGGGCCAGUCUCAGCAGCGGGCCCCGGCCCAGGGCCCUCAGUUUUCCAGCCACGGGGGUCCCACCAGGGGGGCAGGCCCUCGGGCCGCAGCUCCUCAGGCCUCGCAGCCGCUGUACCAGAACCGCCCGCCAGCCCCCAGCAACGCUUCCGCCUCCAGGCCGGCGCCGUCUUCCGGGAUCAACUUUGACAACCCCAGCGUGCAGAAGGCCCUGGACACGCUGAUCCAGAGCGGGCCGGCCCUCACGCACCUGGUGAACCAGACUGUGGGGCAGGCGCGGGCCGCCCCCUCCUCCCAGCCGCAGCUGGGCUCCUACCAUCGGCACUACUGAGGCCAAGGGCAGCUCUCUCCCGCCUCCUCUCCCCAAGGCUCCCCUUUGUGCAUGCCCCUUCCCGUGCCCACCCUCCAGGAGGCCCCCCUCCCUCACUGGGGCUCUGCCGCCCCCUCUCCCCCUGCUGCAGGCGUGGGCAGCCUGCUCCUCCUCUCACACAGAGCCAGAAGGGCUGAGGCGAGUGGAGUGUCUUCCUUCUUUGCUCUAGGGCUCCCUCCGUUGAGGGAAGCUGCCUGUGGACUUCAUGACCCCCCCUCCCCCGUUGCUUCUUUUCAGCAACAGCCACAGAAAUGCAGCCCCAGGCCCUGCUGUGCAGCUCAGGCCCCUCCCUGCAAGAAAAGGGCCAAGGAAUGUUUUCUCUAUUGGGUGGUCCUGUUGCCCCCUUGAUUUCAUGUUGUACAAACUUGAAUCUGCGUUGGAAACGGGGGUGUCUGUUCCUUUGCAGCUAGAGAGGCCUACUCAUGGAGGUUACUCCUUAGCCCCCUUUCUGAAGCUGUAGAUGUUCUGUUCUUGAAUGGUUUUGUCAUGUAGAUUCCUCUGUAUUGUUAACUGGAGGAUGCCACUUUUUAAUUAAAAAAAGGUAUAUAUACACACA